AUGGUCGCAUGGAAAAACCUCAUCCACUCUGGAGACUUUUCCUUUUAUUUUCAACAUCGAAAGGGUGACACUGGAAUGGGUAUAAUUUCGCCCACCUGGCAUGAACCUGAACAGAUUCUCCCAGAUGUACUUUCAAGAGUCACCUUGUUCCUGCACGAUUCUGGCGAUGCCGCUUUUCUUGCAAGUCAGCGGGAAAUGAUAUCCGCCCACUUCCACGAGCUUCAGGACACUUUUCUUCUCAUUCUAAAAGAUAUCCGGAAGAUUAAUCUCAAGUUUUAUGAUGACGACCAGAACGUGACCGAAGAAGUUGUUCAUUUCCUCGAGAAUUCCGCUCAUGGUUCCAAAGCAACAAUCACAAUGAAAACCAUCACCGCUGACCGGUCCGAGCAAAUCUCAAGAACCUACCAUGUUACGAGGUAUAUUACUACUGGCCUUGAGGAAAAUACCAACAGAGAAUAUUCAGCAGAAGAACUGGUGCAGAAGAAAUACUCCAAAUCUGAGAUUGUCCUUGCCUUCCCACUGGCUCCUGAUUCAACCCCUCUGGUGCAAUCCCAGGAUGCAUUUGCGUUGCUGCCACUUGCACGGUUGCGUUUUUCGUAUGCUCUGUUUCCCAAUUUCGACGUGAACUUGGACUAA